GACAAAGCAGAGGGAGAGGAGAAGUCAGCCUCCGCGCCCAAGUACCACCGCCGUCGUCGCUCCAACACAAACGACGCGAACGAGCGCAGGCCGAAGAAGGGCGAUGAGGAUUAUGUGAAGAGGCCGGAGAACGCGUUCAUACUAUUCCGGAGGAAAUGCUGCGAGGAUAGGAAUUCUGCGCUGGCCGCAGCUCCGACUUCCUCUUCCACC